AUGGAAGCUUGGCGCAAUCUAAAAAAAAAAGCGUUGUCGAGGCAGAAGAAUCAAAACUGCGAGGCGAAAGCUCGAGAGGCGAUCGAAACCGACGUAUACUACACUCUCGUGCCGACUGACUACAUGAGCAAAGUCUGCGGAUUGUCGGCCGUGAAGUUGAUACCGAACAAAGAAGCCAAAACCAGCGAUAAGGUGGAUUCGGGGGCCGUAGCUUACGGAAUUGCGCUGGCGGUAGCAUUGACUGCAGCGCAGUGCUGGGGCUUAUACCGAGACACGCGCGACGGCUGGCAGAACAGCACCAGAUUGUUCUCGAAGACGGCGAUCGCGGUGACGGGCAGCGACGUGUUCUUCGUGAUCUGCGUGACAAUCUUUGCGAUUCUCGGCUCGUCCACUCGAUGGAAGCACGUGCAUCACGCCCUCGACAAGAUAGUCCAGGCGGAUGCCAAGCUGGACGUCUCCACAACGCCGACGAUCAACCUUCGCAAAUUGUCGAUAAUCCUGAUCGCUUGCACUAUGGUCUAUUUGAUAAGCAUAUCGACAUUGGACUAUAUCUCCUGGAAAAUCGUGUACAUGCCUAAAAUGAACAACACGAAAAAUACGGAUAAGGGCCCGAUCAAUUACAGUCCCAUGUACUUCAUGUACAUGGUGAUUGUGGCGCUGCAGAUGCAGUACGCCAUUAUCCUGAUGAACCUCGGCGAAAGAUUCUCGAGGCUGAACAGUACCAUCGAGUGCCUUACGAAGACCAACGACAUCAUCGACUACUUUCGCAAGGAUAUGGGUCUUGCCGCACGGGGGUCGCGACAUGAAGUCUGGCGACCGUUCGUUGGGCCGUCGGACUCGAGAAAUCGACAACGUCGCUUCAGCCGAGCGGCCGUCAAGCCCAGCGAAGGUACGAUCGACGCGCGCGCGGAUAGUACGCCGCGCGAUCGAGCGGCAGUCUUCGCGGGUGCAAUGUGCGGCAGCGGCAGCGCGUCCGAGGCGAUCGAGCAGCUGAUAGCGGUGCACGAGAUACUCUGCGACAGUAUCAUUCGCGUGAACAAAGCGUACGGCGUGAUCUUACUACUGUGCACGCUCAGCUGCCUGAUACAUCUCGUCAUCACGCUGUACUUCCUGUACGCCGAGAUCAACAGCUCCACUAGACGGUCGUACGUUUUUAUACGUCAGAUUGGCUGGAUAAUCUUUCACAUUUACAAGAUGAUGCUGUUCGUUCAACCCCCAUAUAUGGUCACCUACAAGGCUCAGGUUACUGGAUCAUUGGUGAGCAAAGCACUGGCAAGCGAAUGGGAUCCUCAGGUACGAAAACAAUUGGAAAGAUUCGCUUUGCAACUGUUGCACAGACCCGUGAAAUUCAAUGCCUGCGGGUUGUUCUGUCUGAAUCGUGGAUUAUUGACUUCCAUGACUGGUGCGGUCACCACGUAUCUGGUGAUACUCGUGCAAUUUCAAAAUAGCGACGAUGACGAAACAAGGAAAUUGUUGCAAAAUGCCUCGGAUCUGCUGAAGAAUGUUCAUGGGGUCGGAAAGCCGUAAAAGUUAUUUUUACUAUUUUUUUUCGUCGAUACGGUAAAAAUUACAUUAUAAUUAUUGUGAAGAUGAUAAGAGUCUUAAUAAUUGUUAAAUAUUGAGCUUUUGCAAAAACUCAAGUCCUCGAGUUUAGAAUUCGAAUUCUGGAACAGAUAAAGUUAGACAUGCAAAAGUGCAUAGGAUUGUCGUGAAUAAAUUUUAUAGAUCGAUAGCUCGAAAGUUCGAUCGGCUGAGUGCUUAAAUAAAGAUUCUUUCCGGAUGAAAAUCAUGAAAAAACGGACUUCAUUAUCACAGGUGACGAUCGAAAUACAAUUACCCUGGUGGAUUUGAACAGAGAUUAACUUAAUUUAACUUAACGAGAGGGUACGAGGACGCAAAAUUGAUUUUCUUUUUAGUCUUCGGAAAACGUAAAUAUUAGAUUCAUUUUAUGUGUUUUCAACAAUCCAUAACGUAUAAAAAUUAUUAAUUUUCAUUUCAUGAAUAAAUUUCUUUUUAUUUGAAAUAUGGAGCAACUUUAUUCAUUGCAACAGAUACAAAUAGCUUUUGUUUUCUUUAUCGCGACGCGAAAGGCACAGGUGUCCGUUGUCGACACCUCUCAAUCCGAUACUGAAAGGCAUUUAUUAAAUUUAUUCUCUUAUUGACGUUUAACCAGCGUUAAAUAUUCAAUUUUUUAAAGGUUAUCAAAAGCGUUUGGAUCGAUUAUAAACUUCUGUAAAAAUAGAAAAAGUUUUAAUGUCUCGGACUCUUCAUAUUUUAGCUUUCUCAUAAUUUAACGAAAAUAACCGUGAAUCGUUUUCUGAAUAGGUGUUACAAAAUUGCACUUUUAAUUAUUACUCGAUAAAAAAAUUAAUAAACCUUAACACUUAACCAGAACAAUAUUUAAGCUCGAAUUGAAAGCUUGAACAAUUAAGAAGAUUCAAAGCUUUAAAAUUAAAUUAAAUUACAUUUUUUCGACACUCCGUGCGGAAAGUGCGUUUUUCCCGCAUGCUCGGCAAAAAACGUGCGUUGAAAAUCGCACUUUCCACACAUCGUAUCAAAAAAUACGGUACGGCACAUGUUCGGGAAAGAGUUCCUCGUCUCGUGUGGUGUUUACGCCCAAGCGAAGCGAGAAUCUAUUUCCCGCACUUGUAUCGUAAUGUAUUAAAUUGUUUCACUUGUAAGCUUUUCGCGAAUACUAAAAAGCGCGGUGAAUGUCGAAAGAUUUCAUAGAAUACGCUUUUUACCAUUACUAGAGCUGAUUUAGACAAGGUGUAAGGUUUAAGGUAUGAGUUUAUGUAUAAGAUAUAUAUAAACUCUAUAACACUUAUUUUAAUAAAUUUCUAUUGUCGA